AUGGACCACGAGUCAAAUUCAUAUGCCAGCAGCAGAUCUCGUCGAACCCAUCGCAAAUCUCGGAUGGGAUGCGGUAACUGCAAGACACGACGAGUUAAGUGCGAUGAAACUGCACCUGCCUGCAACAAUUGCGUACGGCACUCGAUCAAGUGCGACUAUGGUCAUGCUCGAAGGCACGCUGGAGGCCUGGUUCCAAAUCAAAAAGAUACCGAGGCUCCAAGAUCUGAACAAUCAACUAUUAAAUAUGCUUUCAUCUCCUCAUCUCAGUCGGAAUUCAAGAUCCCAAAGCGAGCGCGCCGUGAACCUGGCACUGCAGAAAUCGAUACUCUCUCACCACCCGAGACAGAGCCUGAGACUGCUGUGGCUGCAAGGCCAUUCCAAUUCGAUGUUACUGAUAUGGCAUUACUUCAUCAUAUUUCUUCAGCACAAGACUUAAAAGGGCACAUUCCCGAUCAGUUGAUUCGGCUUGGAUUUUCUGUGCAUUAUGUCUUGCGUUUGCUUCUAGCAGUCUCGGGGUUUCAUCUUAAAAGAGUACCUGCCAGUGACAACCUGCAAAAUAUGCCCAUGUUUGAGCCACACGUGGACUUUGGCGUGGAAGCAGAACGUCAUUUGAGCAUUGCCAUUGAACAGGUUGCAACUACCAGCCCACAACUACAUCAUGGGAACACUCACUCAUUGUAUAUUGCAUCCGUUUAUAUCUUCAUCUGCUCGCUUGCCAGAGGACCUCGGCUGGGCGAAUAUAUGGCGUUCCGCGAUGACGGCGAUACGCCAUCUCUGUGUCUUUUCAUGGGCAUCCGAUCGAUCCUAGACGCCAGCAAUAAGAUUGGCACGUCCAAUGGAAUAUCAGAAUUACAUUCUGGGACAAAUGACGACAGCACAUCGGAAUCACCACCAGACCCAGAGGGAAAUAUAGAGGACCGCUCAAACAAGCUCAAUCAUCACAGAACUCAGAGUAUUUUGCGUGGGUACUCUGGGCCUUUACAUGAUCUGCGGGCUCUCAUAUCCGAGACAUUCGCAGCAAACAAUCCUCGACACUCCAUUUAUCAUGGCGCUUUUGAUUUACUCGCUUCGCGCUUUGAUUUAAUACUUGGAACGUCUAUUCCUCUCCCUGGCCCAGAGCUGUGGCCACAAAUAUUCAGCUGGCUUUACAUGCUACCAGACGUUCUUGUAAAUGACAUGCAAAACAAACAACCGGCUGCACUGCUGUUGGUCUCUUUCUUCUCGGUGCUUUUGAAUGAACUUGAUUCAGUCUGGUUUAUACAAGGUUGGCCUCGUCAUAUUCUCAAUGGAGUCUGUCAGAGCCUGGAGGACCGUUAUCACAUACUUCUCAGUUGGCCUUUGCAGAGGCUUGGUUUAACUUGA